GCGCCGGAAGUGCAUUUGCAGCGUGAGACCAAGCGGAGAACGUUGGUGGGCCUGUUGCGGAGUACGCUUUGGAGUGAGAAGCAUCGAGGCUGUAGGACGCAGCUGUUGCCAUGACGGCCCAGGGGAGCCUGGUGGCUAACCGAGGCCGGCGCUUCAAGUGGGCCAUUGAGCUAAGCGGGCCUGGAGGAGGCAGCAGGGGUCGAAGUGACCGGGGCAGUGGCCAGGGAGACUCGCUCUACCCAGUCGGUUAUUUGGACAAGCAAGUGCCUGAUACCAGCGUGCAAGAGACAGACCGGAUCCUGGUGGAGAAGGUACAGAGCGCUGCUGGGACAUCGCCUUGGGUCCCCUCAAACAGAUUCCCAUGAAUCUCUUCAUCAUGUACAUGGCAGGCAAUACUAUCUCCAUCUUCCCUACUAUGAUGGUGUGUAUGAUGGCUUGGCGACCCAUUCAGGCACUUAUGGCCAUUUCAGCCACUUUCAAGAUGUUAGAAAGUUCAAGCCAGAAGUUUCUUCAGGGUUUGGUCUAUCUGAUUGGGAACCUGAUGGGUUUGGCAUUGGCUGUUUACAAGUGCCAGUCCAUGGGACUGUUACCUACACAUGCAUCGGAUUGGUUAGCUUUCAUUGAGCCCCCUGAGAGAAUGGAGUUCAGUGGUGGAGGACUGCUUUUGUGAACAUGAGAAAGCAGCGCCUGGUCCCUAUGUAUUUGGGUCUUAUUUACAUCCUUCUUUAAGCCCAGUGGCUCCUCAGCAUACUCUUCAACUAAUCACUUAUGUUAAAAAGAACCAAAAGACUCCUUUCUCCAUGGUGGGGUGACAGGUCCCAGAAGGACAAUGUGCAUAUUACUACAAACACAAAGAAACUAUACCACAACCCAUGACUGAAAAUAAUAUAGAAAACUUUAUUUAUGUUUCCAGUACAGAGCAAAACAACAAAUAAAAUCAUAACUAUGUAAACAAGAGAAUAAUUGCUGCUAAAUCAAGAACUGUUGCAGCAUCUCCUUUCAAUAAAUUAAAUGGUUGAGAACAAUGCAUAAAAAAA